AUGCUGCUUAGUGAGCGCGUGGUACCUUCCCCGCAGCGCGACACCGCCAUGGACCGCCUCUUGAAUUCACUGGAAGACCAAGGAAUGAACAUGGAACACCAGGCCAAGGACGAGAAGGAAGGAACAGCCCCGGUACCCAAAGUCGCGCGGCUCUUGCGCGACGGCCAGGGCAAAUUCAUGUACAUCGGUGACUCGGCUAGUCUCUCGUUUUUGCAAAGCGUGCGCCGGGUAGUGAAUUCUUCUAUUGGCCGAUGCGAGUUUACAGAAGACAACUCCCGUCAUUCUAUGCUCGAGGCAUUCCAGAACAAUCCCGGCAACCAACCCAGUUCUCUGGUUGAGCCUCCGCCCAACGAGGAAGCGCAACGACUGGCCCAGCAAUUUGUACUUGCUACCAGUCCGCUGUUAGAUCUGUUCGACCUGCAAGAGUUUCACCCUCGACUGGCUAACUGGGUCGCAAACCCUGCAGGUGAUGAAGACACCGUCAGCUCCAUCUUCUAUCUUGUCCUGGCUAUUGGAGCACAAGUCUCGAGUAUUGACCAGACCGUGGCUGAGCAAUACUUUGGCAGCGGUCGUCAAUUGGCAUUUUCAGCUUUCCAGGAAACCCCGAGCAUCCACACCAUACAGUCCUACAUCCUGGUUUCCAUGUACAUGCUCGGCGCAUGCAGGCGCAAUGGCGCAUUCAUGAAUUUAGGAAUUGCCCUGCGCGCUGCGUACGCGGUAGGCAUUCACCGCAAAGAUGCCAAUGCAUUGUUCUGCGGACGUGAGCGUAGGGCUCGAGAGCGAGUAUGGAAGAGUCUUCGGAUGAUGGAUCUGUUCCUCAGUGCAUCUCUAGGACGCCCUCCUGCGACAUCCGACUACGACUACGAUAUCCGUGAUGAUGCUCUUCUAUCAGGAGAAUCAACACAACACCUAACGCCAGACCAGCAACUUUCUGUUGCCGUGACCUCGCUAUGUCGAAUAUUCGAACGCAUUUUGACCGACGUCUACAUGAAACAAGUCAUUUCGAUUAACGUCGCAGAAACAAUUUCAAAUCAACAUCGCGCCUGGGUCCGCACCCUACCCACUAUCCUCAAGAGGCAAACCGAACGACUCGAACAUAAAUCCAUGGAGAGCAGCCUCGCAGCAGCCCACGUUUUCGGCUCGUAUUACUGGUCAAUCAUCCUCUUGACCCGGCCAUUCCUCAUAUACCGUGUCGCUCAAUACGUCAAAGGCAAAAUCGACCCCUCCUCGUCUGAAACCCGGACUGGCAGCUCUCGUAUCGCCCUGUUUGCCGAUGCAUGUGUCUAUUCUGCACUCCGUGGCCUCGACGUAGUCAACGAUCUCACCCAUUUCACAGCCCUCCCGAAACGCCUCCCAUUCCUGAUCAAUUCCGUCUUCAACUCUGUCAUAGUCCUGGGCGCUGCUUUUUUCGCCGAUUACGAUAACCUUCUGCCCCUGGAAGAGGGAAUCAAUAAAGCCGAACGUUUCUUGGCCCUCUUCGUCCCGCAUGAUCCUCACGCUUGCCGGUUCGCCCAGAUCAUCAAGUACCUUCACACCGCUAUAGCAGAGUACGUCUCUCGGCGCAAUCGUCAAUGGAUGAACAGACGAAGCAAGCAGGUCGAUCAACUUUUCGGCCAAGUGAGUGUGGGUGAGGACCCUAACCCUCUGACUCCGGGAGCUCCCUCUUCUGCUCCUUCUGUCGCCGCUCCAUCCCCUGCCUCUCACCAAAAGCUCUCAGACGGAACACCGUCCUUCAUUCCCACCCAGUCUCAAUCGCUACCUCAAACAUCUCAACAUAUUUCGACGGACAACGAUAUCUGGGAAGCUAUAUGUAACGGUUCAGAGGGUACAGGUACUUUGUCUUACGAUGCCGCCAUUUCUGCCCUCACGACAUCUGGUAUCCCGGUAGGCUGCUCUCCUGGUGGAACAAUUCCCCCUGGCCCACCUGCUUCUGGGCCAUCCCCACUUUCCGAUGUCAUGUUCCCGGAUAAUGGUCUACUGUAUAUGGCGGAGGAUCUACCGGUGUUUGGAAUAUGGGGGAAGAAAACAAUGGAAUUUUGUAAUUUGGAAAGGAGAUUUGAGCGGGUGUUUGGUGUGAAUUAUUGUUGGUCAUUUGUGAUAUCCUAG